CGAAUAGUCCAUCUGUCCUCAUCUUCCACAACACAUGAAAUCUCGGUGAAUCGUGUAAUGCUUGACCGUCGUCGCGAAAUCAAAACAAAGCGGACUGUCUCUGGCCUAUGUUCGUCGAGGCAUAGCAGUUUAUCAUAGAAGAGCAGGCCGGGCGGGUCCCUGUCUUCACACUCGAUCGAAAUGGAGCAACUACCCGAUAUUAGAAAUGUCCUGACGCCGCUGUCGCUGGGUACCAACGGCUCGCAUCGUGCUUUGUGGAAACAAUCGACAGGGAGAUUUGCCUCGACACCUCGGCAUCGUAGUGAAUUGCAACCUCUGCGACCAACCUUUAAAUUGGACCAGAAUCAUCUCGACGAGUCGCUUGCCGAGUCGCCGAUUCUUCCCGCUCGUUCGAAAUUGAGAAACGGUAGAAAGCAAUCUUUAGAAAGCGACCGGCUGAGUAUUUCCACUAGUGUAUUAACGACGCUGGGCCGAAUGGAGCUAUGUGAUAAUAAUAACGAUAGUGCUCAGGAAUAUCUCCAGAAAAAGAUCACAAACACAAUGAAAAAAAAUGAUGAGGGUGAGAGUAGCUCUAGUAUUGAUGCUCAAGAAAAAUUUAAAAAGCAAUUGAAUAAAAAUAAAAAAAAUAAAGGGAUUUCUCCGAAAAAGAAAAGUCCAAAAGUUUAUAAAAUUGUCUUGAAAAAAUUUGGGCCUGAAGUAGCAACUAAAAAAUCUGCUAGCUCAACUAAAGCGGCGUCUUCCGUUGCUAAUGCAAAAAAGAAAUCUCCUAAAAAUAAAAGUCCUAAGACGUAUAAAAUAUGUCCUACCAAAAAAGUUGUUAGCUCAAGCUCUGCAGCCAAACCAUCCAAAAAUCCAACUAAAGAUGGACACGACGCAGGAAGUUCAAACGUCCAUUCGGAAAACAAAUCCCUGCAUCACGAAACUAAACAUUCAGAAUUGAAAAUGUUACAAUGCGCCAAAUCUCCAAAGUUACGGACAGCCGAGAGGGCACUGAUUAAACAAUAUCGUAGUGAAAUGAGAAAAGAAAAAGAAAAAUUUUAUGAGAAACAGAAACAAAAGGAGUUGGAGGAACAAAGACGUCGCGAUGAAGAAAAAAUGUUAAAACUACGGCAACAAACGCUAUUUAAAGCGCAUGCGAUUAGGAAAUAUGCGCCACUGCCGAAUCUUAAAAAGCGUGCUUUAACCGAUCCAAUAUCACCCAACUUUAGCAAAAGACGGCGCAUCGAGUCAUCCUCCCAAAAUAGUAAUAAUCAUGCUAGCCACAAUAAGACGUGAAUUAUUGAAUAGUUUGACAGUAUGGUUUUUAUAAUUGAACGCAGUAGUUUUCUCAAGUAUUGUAAACUAUUUUUUUUAUAAUAGUGAAAACGUAAAACUGAUGACUAUUUGACUUGAAAUAACGUAAAUUUUUCAACGACUCAUUUACUUUUGGGCAGCAUUAUUAUUUCGCGAACUGUGAGCUUGAGAGACAAGGCAAGACGUAGACCGACAAGAAGGUGUAUAUUAUUUAUCUUUGAGUUUUCAAUCAGAUUCAUAUACCAAAGAAAUUGUCAAACACUUUUACGAGAGCAAUUUAAUUACUAUUUUUGCGUACUUUUUCGAAAUCGAUGUAAAAGUGAUUCAAAGUUACGCAACUCUCGUUUCUGGCUGAUUUGUAAAACGUGGCACAGCAGUCGAUUUAAUUUUUACGACGCUUUCCAAUUGGAAAUUACUUUUGAAAAGCGUAUACGAAGUCAUUAACUAUUGUAUACUUUUGGAUGCCACAAAACAAUGCUGAACGGUUGGUUUACUUUGGCUACAUUGGGUUACGUUGAAAAACUUUGCCAUAUUUGUGUAGAUUUUGAAUGAUUUCGUUAUUGGAUUGAAAUUGGUAUUUACGAAAACAACAAAGUUUUUAUUGAAAAUUGUAAUUACAAGAAGAUAAUAUUAACGAAACAAGCUGAAGAUUCUGUCACUGACUAAGUUUUAUUACUCGUGAUAAAAUAAUACUGUUAUAAAAACCUAUGACAAGUUUCAUGAGAACGCAUUACACAUUGAUUGUAAGCUUCAUUAUAUAUCAUUUCAGAAGUUAUACAAACUAUUUGAUUGUUUAGUACUAAAAAUAAAACAGCAAAUAUUUUAUUAUGUUAGAUUAUUUUAUUAAUUAUGUAUUAUUGUCAUUAUAAUUUAUCGGUUACUUAUAACACUAGAUAAUAUUGUCAAUUACAUUCAUAUAAAUUUUUUAAUAUCAUUGAACUGAUUUAAACUAUUUAGCCUUACGCAAUGUGCUUACAUAAAAACUAAAAUCUUACAAAUUCAUUAGGAAUCGAUAACAAAAAAUAAACGAUUUAUACAAAUUGUUUCAGACAAUUUGGAAUCAUACUCAUAGUAAAGUUAUCACUAACCACAGUAUGUAUUGCUUUCACAAAGUAGCGUUGAAGUGUUGACAAGAUUCAUAAACGGAAGUCAAAAUAUAAAUUGUUACAUUAUUAUACAAAAAAACUUGUAGCUUUUUUGAAAAUUUUAUAUCCUCUUCAAUUGGAUAUUGCUAAAUUUGAAAAUUUCAUAUCUACUACACGAAUUAAUUAUAACUAACAUUACACAUCAUUUUAUAUUACUACAGAUUUUUCCUUAAUUCACUUUAUCUUUUUAUUGCUAGUUCCGUAGGGAAAUGGUAAUGAACGAAAGAAAAGGAAAUGGAAUCGAAAUAAAAAAAAUGUAUUUUCUAAAUAUAAAAUAUUCUAACUAAUUUUGCAUUGUCGAUUAUCUUUUUUCAAAAAAACGAAUUUUCGGAAAGUGAAGUGCGUUCUUGUUCGUAUUAAGCGCGCGCGCGCACACACACACACACACACACACAUGCACACGCGAUGAUUAACAGUGCGAAUGCAUGAAAGUUAGUGCCAAGGUGAAAGAGAAGAAGCAGCAGCAGCGGCUUGUCAACGCGUGACAGUGAAAGGACGCUCAUUGGAAUUCAUGUUCACAGUUACAUUUUUCUUACUCGAUGCAUAAUUCACGAUGGCUGAACUGAACUAAUGAUUCUCAAAAUGGCGACAAUUAUUGCUGAUAUAGGUGAAAAUGGAAGCAUAAGUAACUGAGAGAGUGCAGUUGGAUAUUAUGUAGCGAAUGAAGUACAAAGGUAAUGGUAGUGCAAUAUAUUUGUAUAAUUACUAUUUAUUAAGACGAUGAUUCUUAAUAAUGACCUAAAAAGAUAUCCAGCCAUUUUACAAUGGAUUGCAACUGGCUGGUGACUUGAAAAUGGGGAGAAGC